UUCUCAUCAAACAAAUACACUGUCAUCUUCCUUUCUUUGACCAACAAUUAUACUUUUUUCCUAUGAUAAUUACAUUUCUCUUGUUUUAUAGUAGUAUUAUAUGUUAAUGGCAGUAAAUAUUUUUUUUUCCUGAUAAUCAGUCAUAUUCAUAAGAAAUUUAAAAAAAUGGUGUGGUGGUGCCAACUAAGAAGCUGGCUUGCACCUGUUCCAUGACUUCCCUUUUACUGUUUGUAAUUGUAAGGCAAAUUUCUCUUAUCACCUACCACUGAAAACUCCAUCUUUCCUUUCCUUCUCUGUCAUAUUCCUAUUUCUAAAAAGCACCCUUAUACCGAUUGUACCAUUUAUUAUUCUAUGUAUUUUUAGUCUCUUUGCAAAUUCAGCCCUUUUGUUGUUGUCAUCUGGUUUACUGUCUUUCAGAAGGGGCAGGUGGUGGUCUCAGAAAGCACCAUCUCAGCUUAGAUUUGGACUUUAAUCUGCCAAUGCUGUGAAAAAUCAGAUACAAGAUUGUACUAUUAGUUUUGCUAGUAUUUAACUUGUGUAGCUCUAAAGAGAGUCUAUUAUUUGUGUGUUCUUAGAAUUUGGUAAGUGCAUUGGCUUUCUUGGGUUUUCUUGGUCAAGAUCUGUGGAUUGGCUUUUUGUUCAUCCUUUUGAGGAAGAGAGUGAUGAUGGAGUUCUUGAGAUCUGGUCUUUGAAGAUUGUGUUUUGGGGGUAUAUCUCAGGAAGGUCUGUUGACAUCCUAGAAGAUGGCUUCUAAUCUAAAGGAGGAUUUAUCGCAAAAAACUGCUGUGUUUGGUCUCAAGGUCUGGCAAUUGAUUGGAAUCCUUGUUGGGAUUUUCAUAGUGGUCAUCCUCUUAUUGUUAACAUUGUAUCUCACUUUCCGGAGGAAGUCAAAAAGAGCUACAGACAAUCUCCCUAUUAGCCAAAUACCUACUGUUUCUAAGGAAAUUAAAGAAGUUCGGGUUGAGCAAGUAUCAACAAACGAAUUUGCUCCACGUGAUGGAAUUCUUCUCACUAUUCAUGACAAAACCAGUGAUAAAGAAUCAGACAAGGUUUUGGUUCAUCUUGGAAUGGGGAAAAAGAACGGCGAUAACAGCAGNAGGAAAAAGAACUGCGAUAACAGCAGUCAAUCGGAUUCCUUCCAUCACAUUGAUAAGGACUGUUGUGGGUCACAAUCAGGAGAAGAAGGGAGUUCAUGCAAAACUGCAUAUAAAGCUUAUAAUUCACAUCCAAUAGCUGCUCCUUCUCCUCUAACUGGAUUACCUGAAUUUUCACACUUGGGUUGGGGCCACUGGUUUACAUUGAGAGAUCUUGAGGUUGCAACAAGCCGGUUCUCAAAGGAGAAUAUUCUUGGUGAGGGUGGAUAUGGCGUUGUCUACAGGGGAAGUUUGAUUAAUGGAACACCUGUAGCUAUUAAGAAGCUCCUCAACAAUCUAGGUCAAGCAGAGAAAGAGUUCCAAGUGGAGGUUGAAGCCAUCGGCCACGUGCGUCACAAAAAUUUGGUUCGCCUUCUAGGAUACUGCAUUGAAGGAACUCACAGGAUGCUGGUUUACGAGUAUGUCAGCAAUGGCAAUUUGGAACAGUGGCUUCAUGGAGCCAUGCGACAUCACGGGUAUCUCACUUGGGAGGCUAGGGUGAAGGUUCUCCUUGGGACAGCUAAAGCUCUUGCUUAUUUGCAUGAGAAUAUUGAGCCCAAAGUUGUUCAUCGAGACAUAAAAUCAAGUAAUAUAUUGAUUGAUGAUGACUUCAAUGCUAAAGUCUCUGACUUUGGUCUUGCCAAGCUGCUUGGUGCGGGCAAAAGUCACAUCACAACUCGAGUCAUGGGUACCUUUGGGUAUGUGGCUCCUGAAUAUGCAAAUACUGGUCUCUUAAAUGAAAAGAGUGAUGUUUAUAGCUUUGGGGUUGUGCUGUUAGAAGCAAUCACUGGAAGAGAUCCCGUGGACUAUGGCCGGCCGGCCCAAGAGGUGAAUCUUGUUGACUGGUUGAAAAUGAUGGUUGGAAGCAGACGCUCAGAGGAAGUAGUAGAUCCAAAUAUUGAAUCAAGGCCACCAACAAGAGCUCUCAAAAGAGCCCUUCUGACUGCUCUGAGAUGUGUUGAUCCAGAUUCUGACAAGAGACCAAAGAUGAGCCAAGUUGUUCGUAUGCUUGAAUCAGAGGAAUAUCCCAUACCAAGAGAGGAUCGAAGGCAACGAAGAGCUCAAGCAGGUAACGCAGAGAGUGAAUCUCAGAAUUACGACACUGACAAGAGUGACAACCCAGAUUCAAGGUCAGAAAGUAGAAGGAAUCAUAAAGUAUGACAGUCUUAGACACAGCUUUCUGGUCGUUAAUGAGAAGCGUAUUACUUACAAAGGCUUCACCAUACUGAAGUCUACCGGAUCAAAUGAGUAGGAGGAUGAACUGUUUCUGGUGGUAUAUUGUUGAUCAGAGAUUGACUACUCUUCUUUUUCUUCUCCCUUGGUGGGUUCUAUUCUUUCUUAUCUUUUAUUUGUAUCUCGGUUUUUCUUCCUUCUUUUUCCUCUUUUCCAUUUUGGUUCUUUCCUUGUAUGAAAGUAGAUAGGGAGUUAAUUGUGUUGUGGACUUGAUGGUCUUGUAACUAAACUGAAAACAAUCAGGGGGCGGGGGUUGUGUACAGAAGAAUUUCUUUCUUUGGUAUUCAGUAUUAUUUAAGUAAUACUUCUAUAAUUUAUUUUCCUUAAAAGGAAUACUAUGGUUCAAAUCUCAGUA